UAAUUAGCAAGCGAGUAUUCCUCAAUGCAGUUAGAGCUAAUGGGGCAGUGCACUGAAAAAACAUGGUUCGUGAGGAUAUUCUUUGAAAAAGAGGACCGUUUUUGUCAAGUGUUUAGUUUUUCUGGGUGACACUAGAGGUAGCGAAUAAUGCGCACCAGCGUGUAAGCGAGCCAUUGCUUGGUAGCAGCCACUUUCUAUAUAGCUAAUAAAGCCCUAUCUGGAUAGCUGUCUUCAGCUUGCUUCUGCCUAGAGAGGCGGGUUACUUACUAUACGAAGCAUCCAUAGGCAACGGAAAACAACAACUUGACACAAUUUUCUUUGUUUCAAGGUCUAAUUGAAGAUGCUUCCUGGACCGGAGCUAACAUUACUGCUCUGGAUCUUCAGUUGCAUCAGCAGCCUCAGCUCAGCAUCUUCAACAUCCAGGAAAUGUGAUGAAGUGUUGGCCACACCACUCUCUCACACAGCUUUUACCAGCUCCUCAGUGUACUCUGGUGGAUAUGGGGCUGGAUACGCAAAGCUCAACAGGAGAGGAGGUGCUGGAGGCUGGUCUCCGGGGGACACUGACCGUUACCAGUGGCUGCAGGUGGACCUGGGCACCAGGAAGCAAGUCACCUUCAUUGCCACACAGGGCCGGUACAGCAGCUCUGAUUGGACAACCCAGUACAGACUCCUCUACAGUGAUACAGGAAAGAACUGGAGACCGUAUCGGCAAGAUGGCAACAUAUGGGCAUUUUCAGGCAACUCCAACAGCGAGAGUGUGGUCCGCCAUGAUCUGCAGCAUGCAAUCAUAACACGCUACGUCCGCAUCAUCCCACUUGAGUGGAGCGAGGAGGGGAGGAUCGGCUUGAGAGUGGAAGUCUAUGGCUGUUCUUACUGGGCGGAUGUGAUCAACUUCGAAGGCCAGGGUGUGAUAUCCUACCGCUUCAAGAUGAAGAAGAUGAAGAUCUUGAAGGAUGUCAUCUCCCUGAAGUUUAAAACCACGGCCAGUAACGGUGUGCUCCUGCAUGGGGAGGGACAGCAGGGAGACUAUAUCAGCCUGGAGCUGAAGAGAUCCAAACUACUGCUCAUGAUCAACCUGGGCAGCAAUCAGUAUGGUUCCAUCCUCGGGCACACCUCCGUGACAAGCGGAAGUUUAUUGGAUGAUGACCACUGGCACUCCGUAAUUAUCGAGCGUUACCGACGGAAUGUCAACUUUACCCUGGAUCGCCACACGCAGCACUUCCGCACCAACGGGGAAUUUGAUCAUCUUGACCUGGACUAUGAGAUCAGUUUUGGAGGCAUGCCCUUCUCUGCCAAGCCCAGCUCGGGAGGCAGGGAGAACUUUGUUGGCUGCAUGGAGGGCAUCACCUACAACGGAGAUAACAUUACCAACCUGGUCAAGAGGAAGAAAAUUGAUACUUCAAGUUUUAGGAACCUGACGUUCUCCUGCAGUGAGACACACUCCUUCCCCUUGUUCUUCAACACCACCAGCUUCCUGCGUCUUCCGGGGCUGUCGGACAGUGACACCCUGUCGGUCAGCCUGUCCUUCCGAACAUGGAACCCCAGCGGUCUGCUCCUCUACACGGCCCUGGCCGACGGUGUGGUGGAGGUGGGCCUCACCGAGGGGAAGGUCACUGUCUACAUCAACGUUACCCAGAAGAAGAACAUGCGCAUAGACAUCUCCUCAGGUUCGGGGCUCAACGACGGCCAGUGGCAUAACGUCUAUCUCCAUGCUCUGGAGAACUGCGCCAUGCUGACCAUCGAUGGUGACGAGGCGUCCACGGUCAGAACGGUCAUUCCCAUUCAGAUUAGAACAGGGGGCCAAUACUACUUUGGAGGCUACUUCCUGCGUACCAACACUCCCCCUGCCCAGCGCUCCUUCCAGGGCUGCAUGCAACUGAUCCACGUGGACGACCAGCUAGCUGACCUGGUGGCGGUAGAGCAAGGCAACAUGGGAACCUUUGAGAAUGUCAGCCUGGAUAUGUGUGCCAUCAUAGACAGAUGUGUCCCUAACCACUGUGAACAUAGAGGCCGCUGCUCUCAGACCUGGGAUAGUUUCAGCUGCUCCUGUAACGGGACAGGAUAUACCGGGGCUACAUGCCAUACCUCCGUGUAUGAACAGUCCUGUGAGGAAUACAAACACCUUGGUAAAACAUCUGGCACGUACUGGAUCGACCCUGAUGGGAGUGGUCCUGUUGGCCCCUUCAAAGUCAACUGCAACAUGACUGAGGACAAGGUCUGGACGACAGUGAGAAACAACCUGUCUCCCCAGACUUCAGUGACUGGCUCAGACCUGGAGGGGAAGGCUGUGCUGCAGCUCAAUUACAACAUGUCCACAGAGCAGGUGACAGCCAUCAUGGGCAGUGCGGAGUACUGUGAACAGCAUGUUGCCUACGCCUGCCGAAUGUCUCGACUGCUCAAUACGCCAGAGGGAUCUCCAUUGACAUGGUGGGUUGGCAGGGCCAAUGAGAGGCAUUUUUACUGGGGUGGUUCAGGCCCAGGGAUCCAGAAGUGUGCCUGUGGAAUCGAGAGGAACUGCACCAACCCCAAGUACUACUGCAACUGUGACGCUGACCAAACGCGCUGGAGAGAGGACGCUGGUCUUCUGGUGUAUAAAGACCAUUUGCCUGUGAGUCAGGUGGUGGUUGGUGACACUAAUCGUGCUGGCUCGGAGGCUAAAUUGACUGUGGGUCCACUGCGUUGUCAAGGAGAUGGUAACUACUGGAACGCAGCAUCCUUCAACACGCCUGGAUCCUACCUGCACUUCCCUACCUUCCAAGGAGAGACCAGUGCUGACAUCUCUUUCUAUUUCAAGACUUCCUCCUCUUAUGGCGUCUUUCUGGAGAACCUUGGCAACGCUGACUUCAUCCGCCUGGAACUAAAAGCUGCCACGCUUGUGUCCUUCUCCUUUGAUGUGGGCAACGGUCUGGUGGAGCUGAGUGUGAGGUCGUCCACUCCUCUUAAUGAUGACCAGUGGCACAGGGUGGUGGCUGAGCGCAAUGUGAAGGAAGCUGUGCUGCAGCUGGAUGGGCACUACAAGGAGGUUCGCCCUGCACCCCCACAGGGUCACACCCGCCUGGAGCUAUACAGCCAGCUCUACGUGGGUGCAUCGGGUGGCCAGAGGGGGUUCCUAGGAUGUAUCCGUGCCCUGAAGAUGAACGGUGUGACCCUUGACCUGGAAGAGAGGGCGAAGGUCACCCCAGGGGUUAAGCCUGGCUGCUCUGGCCACUGCACCAGCUACGGGCAGCACUGCAGAAACGGUGGCCAGUGCAUGGAGAAAUACAACGGUUACUCAUGUGACUGCACCUUAACGGCGUAUGACGGGCCCUUCUGCACUGAAGAUGUGGGCGGCUACUUCGAGAGUGGAACACUCGUUCGUUACGACUUCCUUCCCGAGAGGGGCCUUCCAGCUAUCAGGGAUGUGAAGAGCCUGUCUCCCUUGCUGCCCACGGAGGGCAACCUGACCCAGGAGGAGCUGGUGUUCAGCUUCAGCACCUCCAACGCCCCGAGCAUCCUGGUGUACAUCAGCUCUAGGACUCAGGACUACCUGGCUGUGGUGCUCAGAAACAAUGGAACACUUCAGAUCCGCUACAGCCUGGGAGGCCUGAGGGAGCCGUUCACCAUCGACCUGGACCAGCGCAACAUGGCCAACGGGCAGCCCCACCACAUCAACAUCUCCAGGCAGGAGAGGAACGUAUGGCUGCAGUUGGAUCAUUACCCCCCAGUCAGCUACACUCUGCCUGAUGACUCUGACACUCAGUUCAACCUGGUCAAGACCAUAUUCUUGGGGAAAGUCUUUGAAACUGGCCAGAUUGACCCAGUCCUCAUAGAGAAGUACAACACUCCAGGGUUUGUGGGCUGUCUGUCCAGAGUUCAUUUCAACAACAUCGCUCCUCUGAAGGCAGCACUGAGGUCUGGCAUCGUCGCCCCGGUGACCACCCAGGGCAUUCUAGUGGAGUCAAACUGUGGGGCGUCUCCUCUCACGAUCUCACCAAUGGCUGCUGCCAACGAUCCCUGGCACAUGGACUCAGCUGGUGCUGUAUUCCCAUUCAAUGAGGAAAGAGUCAGCCGGGAUGGAGUUGAUCAGAACUCUGCAGUUAUCGGAGGUAUCAUUGCUGUGGUCAUCUUCACCAUCCUCUGCACCCUGGUGUUCCUGAUUCGCCAUAUGUUCCGUCACAAGGGCUCCUACCACACCAACGAGGCCAAAGGGGCAGAGUCUGCGGACUGUGCCGAUGCAGCCAUCAUUGUCAAUGACCCCGCCUUCACAGAAACCAUCGAUGAGAGCAAGAAGGAGUGGUUCAUCUAAUUGGACAUUCACAUUUUGGUACUGGGCAGAGGUGUGCCCAUUGCUCUUCGCUGUGUGAAGGCAAGGCUUUCUUUGAUGAGGGAUGAAUGAUGUGUCAUUGUGGACUAGGGAGAUGUCCCCUUGGACUAGAUGUGUGCUUUGGCUGGCUUGUCUAUAAUGUAUUUACAUUGAGUGAGGAGUUUUGUCAACAUGAUAUCAGUCAUUCACAUGGAGCCAUUAUUUCAAUUACUGCAUCCACUGAACUGAGAAUGGGGGGAGAUUAAAUUAUAUAACUUUUUAAUUUAUUUUUGCAUUACAGUUGAUAUGUCUUAAUGAUUUGAGCUUUGAUUGUAGAGAUGUUUAUGCCUGCAUUUAGUGGGUCAAGCACAAACUGUAUACUUAUUUCCUUUGCUGCCAAAUGAGACAAGACUAUUCCUACACAGUUUAAAAAACACAAAACUAAGGUUUAUGUCAGACAUUGACAUUGUAUUGUAAUGUGCUAAUUUGAUUGCACUGCAGUCCUUUGUGUAUAAUACAAUGGCAUGCUUCAAGAUUAUGGCAUCCCUUCAUUGCACCAUUCCACACAGUAGCACUUGUAUUUCCUCACAAAUGUGUCUUAUCUCGCCAAAUUUCUUUUGUACCAAAUUAUUCAGCGUGCUUUAUCUGUUUUGCCCAGUCUUGCUACGUGAUGGUUCUUCCUGGAAAGAUUGUAAUCUGGUAUGAGAUGACAGGUUCACAUUUGGGGACAUUUGUAAGGGAAUUGCUAUGAUAUUGUUAUGAAAAGGUUUAUAGCACAAACAAGCAUAUCAGUUAUAGAAAUGACAAUAUCUGGCUUAACCCAAUGUGCCUUCAGGGUUCAGCCACUUAGCCUUCUGUUUUAGACUAUUUCAUUGUGGGCCCACUGACUGUCCCUUGAAACACUAAGGCCAAUAGGGAUGUAUUUAUGAUGGUUGCUAUUUGCUAAAAGGAAAAUGAAAGAACAUGGCUUAAGUUCAGCUGUCCCCAUGGACAGUGAUACACUACAGUCAUGGUCAAAAGUUGAGAAUGACAUUAAUUUUCACAGUUUGCUGCUUCAGUGUCUUUAGAUAUUUUUUGGCAGAUGGAAUACUGAAGUAUAAUUACAAGGGUCAAAGGCUUUUAUUGACAAUUACAUGAAGUUGAUGCAAAGAAUCAAUAUUUGCAGUGUUGACCCUUCUUUUUCAAGACCUCUGCAAUCCGCCCUGGUAUGCUGUUAAUUAACUUCGGGGCCACAUCCUGACUGAUGGCAGCCCAUUCUUGCAUAAUCAAUGCUUGGAGUUUGUCAGAAUUUGUGGGUAUUGUUUGUCCACCCACCUCUUGAGGAUUGACCACAAGUUCUCAAUGGGAUUAAGGUCUGGGGAGUUUCCUGGCCAUGGACCCAAAAUAUCUAUGUUUUGUUCCCUGAGCCACUUGGUUAUCACUUUUGCCUUUAUGGCAAGGUGCUCCAUCAUGCUGGAAAAGGCAUUGUUCAUCGCCAAACUGUUCCUGGAUGGUUGGGAGAAGUUGAUCUCGGAGGAUGUGUUGGUACCAUUCUUUAUUCAUGGCUGUGUUUUUAGGCAAAAUUGUGAGUGAGCCCACUCCCUUGGCUGAGAAGCAACCCCACACAGGGAUGGUCUCAGGAUGCUUUACUGUUGGCAUGACACAGGACUGAUGGUAGCGCUCACCUUGUCUUCUCCGGACAAGCUUUUUUCCGGAUGCUCCAAACAAUCGGAAAAGGGAUUCAUCAGAGAAAAUGACUUUACCCCAGUCAACAGCUGUCCAAUCCCUGUACAUUUAGCAUAAUAUCAGUCUGUCCCUGAUGUUUUUCCUGGAGAGAAGUGGCUUCUUUGCUGCCCUUCUUGACACCAGGCCAUCCUCAAAGUCUUCACCUCACUGUGCGUGCAGAUGCACUCACACCUGCCUGCUGCCAAUUCCUGAGCAAGCUCUGUACAGGUGGUGCCCUGAUCCUGCAGCUGAAUCAACUUUAGGAGACGGUCCUGGCGCUUGCUGGACUUUCUUGGGCGCCCUGAAGCCUUCUUCACAACAAUUUAAACCGUUCUCCUUGAAGUUCUUGAUGAUCAGAUGAAUGGUUGAUUUAGGUACAAUCUUACUGGCAGCAAUAUCCUUGCCUGUGAAGCCAUUUUUGUGCAAAGCAAUGACGGCACAUGUUUCUUUGCAGGUAACCAUGGUUGGCAGAGGAAGAACAAUGAUUCCAAGCACCACCCUUUUGAAGCUUCCAGUCUGUUAUUCGAACUCAAUCAGCAUGACAUAUUGAUCUCCAGCCUUGUCCUCGUCAACACUCACACCUGUGUUAACGAGAGAAUCACUGACAUGAUGUCAGCUGGUCCUUUUGUGGCAGGGCUGAAAUGCAGUGGAAAUUUUUGGGGGGCUUUGCAAUUGAUUGCAAUUCAUCUGAUCACUCUUCAUAACAUUCUGGAGUAUCUGCAAAUUGCCCUCAUACAAACUGAGGCAGCAGACUUUGAAAAUGAAUGUGUCAUUCUUAACUUUUGGCCACAACUGUAUACACGCUCUUAAUACCUGAACUUGUAUGGCUUUGUUGGCAUCAUGUGGUACUAUAUGUAAUAUUUUACUGUAUAUGAUUGUUAGAGUACAGUGAGGUUUAAUGUCUACUAAUUUUUAAUUUCCUUAUUUUCAGAAUACCCCACAAUAUUAAACGGUUCUCUCUUACAAGUGCCAACAAGACUCAAGUAUGCUUUCUAUGUCAGCCUUUCCCACGUUAAGAUGCUCAUAUUCACAUCAUGUGGGUUGAGUAUUUAGAGUGGCAUAACACAGACAACACAGUGUGUGCGCAGAAGACAAGAACUGGGGGAUUAGAGAAGCUAAGGGGAAUGUAGACAGCAUGAGAGAGAGUAAUGAAAACCUUUGCAAUGAACAUGAAAUUAUUAGCGGUUACUGCUGAAGGCUGUAACAGCAUUCUGCAAACUGAAGGCAUUCCUCCUUACAUGUCAGCAUUCCACAUGCCCACAGCAAUUUUGCACCACUUAUUAUUUGGUAAUUGCUUCAUUGUUUGUUGAUAUUUUGUCAUGUAGGCUAUUAUGAAUCAACACAAAACCCUCUGCAUCUCACAAGGGUACAGUUUGGCUUAUUGUGCUUCAGAUAGUUUUGCUCAUUUGAAUAUCACAAACUAUAUGUGGUAAUAGUCAAGUUGCAACUGUAUCAAAGCUUACUAUUUUGUAAGCUAAAAUAAUCAGAGGACAAUUACUGUAGAGCAACACUAUGACAAAGCAUGAGCUCACAUCAGACUAACACUUCAAUAUUAUAGCAUACUGAUAAUGGAUAAUACACUUUAUUUAUGUUGCUGAUAACCACUUGUCAAAUGAACAAUUGGCGUUUUAUUAUUUUUUUUACUUUCAUUAGCAGCAUGAUAUGUAAACUAAAACAGUACCACAUUGCAGUACAAUAUAUUUUACAUGAAUUACUUGGAAAUAUUUUGUAUGUUUGAGGGAUGAUGUGCAAAAGCCUUUUUAUAAUAUUUUAAUUUUUCAUUACAAUUAAAUGGCAGUUCUCUUUAAUUCUGUGUGAAAAACAAAUUGUAAAAAAUGGUCUUUUACAGUGGCUUAAGAUUAUGUCCCCCAAAAUGCAUUUAAUUUGUUACUUAUGUUCAGUAUUGUAUGUUAGGCUUGAGAUUGCAUACGUAAUGUGAUUUUGUCUUAAUAUAAAUCAUUAAACAAGC